AUGAGGAGAAAAGCUCAACAGAGGAAAACUUAUCAUGAGCAACAAUUGAAGAAAGAAUAUAUACCAAAUUUGGUCCGCGGCGGGUUCCAGCCGCGCCUUCCGACUUCGCUGCCGCCCCCAGGGCAGCAGCAGCAGCCGUCGCCGCUACCACGUCGACAGCCCGUCCCGUUGAUGCCUCCCGCGCAGCUUCAUCCGGGAGCGCCCCAGGUGGUCGCUCCGGCGCCUGCGGUCCCUCUUAAGUCGCCACCGCCUUCGGAGCUGAUGGACGUCGACCCCUCAGCCGGGCCGCCUUCCCAAGCGGUGGCUGUGCAGCCUGUCCUGCAGCCGCUUUCCUUGGGCGCCCCCAAGGAGUCUGACACCGCAGCGCCUUGUCCGGCGCCCACUCAGCAGCCGUCGACGCAGCGUCAGGAGACGCUGCCUCUCCUCGUGGGUCCCGACGCCCUGUCGCGUCCAGUACCAGAAGCUGCGCCCGUGGUCACAGACUUCAAUAGUGGUAAAAAUAUUUUCAAACUUGAAAUGCAUCAAUCUGUCAGCCAAUAUGGACCUGAAAUUCAUGAAGCAGUGGCUUCUACAACACCAGGAAAAACAGCAGUGACUGCUGCAACAGCAGCAAUAGCAAUUGAUCUUAUUACAGCAGCAAAUAACAGCACCAUCCAUCAGAAGCAAGACACCUUUGAGAUUCUACCAUUUCCAUUAUUUCUAUAUGGUGUUAAUGAUUGGGAAAUGUAUUUAUGGUUCCUCAGCCAUUAUUUCUCUGCUUACAAGGUAACUGAUUCAGAUCAAAAAUGA